CGAAACAUGGUGAAAUGAAAGUAAAAUCUGACGUGUCCUACUCUUUUUAUUACAGUCUAUGGUCCUACUGUUGAUCGCUAAUAUUAGGACUCGGGAAUCGCUUGACACAACAUCAAAUUUACAACGUAAGAACUUCGAGCAUUCAAAACAGCAGCUGUACAUUCAGAUGUAAUGAUGCGCAACAGACACAGGGGAUCCAAUCUCGGCCUGCUCCUGCUGGCCUCUCAGGUUUUCCAGCUGGGAAUAGACAACAUCCCACCUGUCACUCUUGCAACACUGGGCCUCAAUGUCUAUUUGUUCCUGUUUCCUGUCAAACCCCUCCUACAGACGUGUUUGAGUGUUCGGGAGGCGUACUGGUACGGAGACUGGGCUCGCCUGUUGCUGUCACCGUUUCACCAUGUUGACGACAUGCAUCUGUACUUCAACAUGGCCUCCCUCCUUUGGAAGGGCAUCAAGCUUGAGAGGAAACUGGGAGGCGCCUGGUUUGCGUACCUGCUGUCGGUCUUCUCUCUGCUCACCGGAUUGGUCUACCUGCUCCUGGAGACAGGACUGACACGGAUGACGGAAGACUCGUCGUAUAGUCUACAGUGUGCCGUGGGGUUCUCAGGUGUUCUGUUUGGGCUGAAGGUGGUGAAUAAUCAUUAUCAUCCAGGCGGAGCCACGUACGUCAUGGGGCUGCCCAUAGCCAAUCGCUACUCCUGCUGGGUGGAGUUGGUCCUCAUCCAUGUCAUGAAUCCGGGGACGUCAUUUGUUGGACAUCUGGCUGGGAUCCUGGUUGGGCUGCUCUACACGAAAGGACCACUAAAGAGAUUAAUGAAAACAUGUGCAGGCUUUGUGACAUCUAAUGGGCAUCAUGGAGGGCAGCAGACAUACUACAACUCAUCAGGAUACAGUGGCUAUGGCAUGCCGAAUCCUCCAAACACACAUUAUGGACAGCAGUCAUUUAAUCGCAGGCAGUAUGGCGCCCCCUACAGGGAUCCGUACGACACACACAUGCCCUCUGCGCCGCCCCAGCAUCCCUAUACAGCAGGACUGUCAGAUGAGGAGCAGUACCAGGCCGCUGUCAGGGCCAGCCUCAGCGACAGAGGAGAUUCUACGCAGGCUAGAUCUUCACAUGGCACUUAUUCCCACUCUAACCCGACGCCUGAAGAGAUCCGCUGGCGACGACUUCAGAGGUUUACCAGCUGAGCGCUUGGGUAACGCCACUAGAUCGUUUACAUGAAAGACAACACUAAACAACCAAUCGGAGCUAGCGGAGAAGACUCUUCCGCUGGUGAUUGGUUGUGUCAUUGUA